AUGCCUUGGCCUAUCGUAGGCAACACAUUUCAACUGCCCAAGAAUAAGCCUUGGAUAUAUUUCGAAGAGAUCUCGAAGCGAAUGAACGCCCCCGUCAUCACGUAUUGGAUAGGACGGAACCCAACAGUCUGGAUCAACGAUGCCUGGGCGGCUUCCGAGAUCAUGGACAAGCGUGCGGCAAUCUACGCUUCACGUCCACGCAUGAUUGUCUUCGGCGAGCUUUCUACAGGGCAGACCAACCUCGUCAGCAUGUACUAUGGCGACAGAUGGCGCGUGCACCGCAAGCUCACUCACAUGGGUGUCGGUCUUCAGCAUGUCCGCAGCUACAGCGGAUUCCAGGAUAAUGAGUCCAAGGUAGUCGCACUUGAUCUUCUCAAGACGCCGGAUAACUAUGUGAUGCACUUCGAACGAUAUGCCGCCUCUGUCGUCUCAAUCAUCGGCUUCGGUCGACGGAUCUCUACUCCUUCAGAUCCCAUCAUCACUGAAGUCAUCGCAGUGAUGCAGCGAGCCGGUGAACUUAAUGUGCCCGGUACCUCAUUCCCUAUGCUUCUUGAGACUUUCCCCAUCCUCGCCAGAUUCCCGAAUUGGAUGGCGCCUUGGAAACAUGGCUUGGGAGGGGGCAAGGGACGGGGCAGGAACUUCUACUACGCCCUAACUGAAGAAGCCGUACGACAGAACACUCAUCCGGAGUGCUAUUCGCGCAAACUUUGGGACGAGGCGCCAAAGUACGAUUUGUCGAAUGCAGAGAUCUCGUCUUUGACAGGCAACCUCUUCGGUGCCGGAAGCGACACUAGCAGUUCUACGCUCAUCACCUUUGUGCUAGCUUGCUGCGCAUUCCCAGAAGCACUGGUCAAGGCUCACGAAGAACUCGACCGUGUGGUCGGACCGAAUCGUUCGCCGUCUCUGGACGACGAUCUGCCUUACGUUCGAGCCUUUGUGAAAGAAGUGUUCAGAUGGCGCUCGGUCGCCAUUAUUGGUGGGCAGCCACAUGCACCUAUUGCCGAUGAUGUUUGGAACGGCUACCUCAUCCCUAAGAACACAUGGGUUCAGGGCAACGUUUGGGCCAUACAUCAUCACGAUCGCGAGUUUCCCGAUCCGGACCGGUUCUGCCCCGACCGAUAUUUCAAGGACCACCCUCUUUACCGCCCAUUCCCAAACGACAAAGGAUACAUGACUUUCGGCUGGGGUCGACGAGUCUGUGCCGGUCAAGGUUUGGCGGAGCAAGGCACAACCCUGAGUGUUGCCAGGCUGUUGUGGGGUUUCAACAUUAAGAAAGCACUUGACAAGUCUACUGGAAAAGAAGUUGCCGUCGACAUCAAUGCUUACACGAAUGGGCUGAACAUGCGGCCGCAGCCGUUCGACUGUCGCUGGAUACCACGCAGUGACGAGAUUCGGAAGACCAUUGAGAGGGAGGGAAGGCAAGCCCUAGAAGAUCUUGCGCAAUAUGAUGGCGAGACGCAAUAUCGAAUGAGCACCUUCUACAAGCAGGAGAAGUUGAUUGAAGGAAAGGUACCUGCAAAUGAUGAGAAGCGGAGGUAG